AUGACGCUUGAUUCAGAACUGGAGCUAGUGAUUGCAAGAUCCUCCUCGACACUCCUGGGCUGGAACCAGGGAACUAAAACUCUCGGGAUAACCAUGUGGUACACAACAACCUCUCUACAGAGAUAUCAGGAGCUCAUCGUCGCUGAACGAGACGAUGUUUCAAACGCCAAGCCAGGAAAAUGCCGCUGGAACGGCGAUGGACAUGCACUGACAUUGGACUAG